UUGAAAAUCAAGUACACAGUCAAAUCACACAACUCAAGAUUUGGACAAACCUGAACGAAUUAUAUCUUCAACAUUACCAAAAACCAUCAUGAGCGCCGCAGCAAAAAAUAUUGCCUUGGUAGCACUCGGUGCAGCAGGUGCCGUAUUCACAGUCAACACAAUCGCCAAGCCGACAACAUCACAAGGCAUUGCUGGCGCUGUGAGGAAACAGCUGGACAACUACAACGAGACUGUUCAUCCUGAGCAAGAUAGGAGGGAUACAAUUUUCGACAGAACGAAGAUCAUGAAUGAUGUCAAGACGAGGAAACCUUGGAAUAUGACUUAUGCUGAGAAGGAGAGGGUGGCACAUGAGCAUCAGUAGGGAUGGGAGACUGGGAUAUGGAGUUUUGUUUUGGAGUUCGGAAUUGGGGAUAUCAUAUCUACAAUUUUGGUGCAAGCUUGAGAAACGAUGGUUGGAUUAAGUUCGGGUUGAGCGGGGCGGUUUGCGAAUAACUUGUAUGGCGGAUCGUUCGUACAGAGGCAUAUAGUGCCCUGAGAAAUUCAAAGAAUAGCACUCCAUGAAGCUGAAAAGGGUGCUUCUGAUUGAGUAAUACACAUAUCAUAUCUUAUCACCUUUUUCUAUAUACCUGUG